AGCAACACAGAGCAGCCUUGGCUGUGCUGCUGCAAGUGAAGGGGUGGCAAGAACCCUGUGCAUUCAUUUUCUGGCUCUGUGAUCUUGGGCAAGGUACUUAGCCUCUCUGUAUCCCAAUUCUUCAUCAGUUAAAUGGGCACAAAUAUUUCCUGUCUCAUUGGUUUGUUUAGAGAGUUAAGUAAGAUGUACAGUGUAUCAUGCUGUAGGUGUGGGGCCUGACGUGGGGUUGGUGCUUGGUUGAUUUCUUGUAAAUCCCCCCAAGAAUGUGUCUGGUCAUGUCUGUGUUCCGUGGUCUUUGAAUACCUCUGUGGAAUCCAGCCUGUGGGUAUCCAUGUUCCUGAGGGUCUCAGUGUUAGGACAUUUUGUGUGUCCUGGAAGCGAGUAAAUCCAUUCACCUCUCCAGUGGGGAGGGCUGUGGCCCCAUUCCUCCUGCUGGGAGCACAGUAGGGUCUGGGGGUUGUGAUGGAAGGUGCGGAGGGGAGGGACACUUGGCCCCCUUGCAGAGGGGUUCUAAGUACCUGUGAGUGGUCACUGUGAAGUGCAAAAUUUAGAAAAGGGGGCAGAUAGAGAUGGGAGGAGGAUCAAGAGGGGAGUGGAGAGCAUACCGGCUGGAGGCAGAGUAGCCCUGGCAUGCACCUCUGUGACUCCCUUGAGCCCAGGCAUUCCAUGAGCCUCAGAAGAGGGAAUGAGGCCAGGGUGAGAUGGGGUCGGGAGCAGGUGGACUGCCUGGGGGACUAUGGGCUCCUCUUCUGGGCUGCUUCUCUGGUGUAGCCGAGGGCUGCUGGAGGGCAGGGUGGGGACCUGUGUUUGGGGUAGGACUGAAUUACACAGGGAAGUGAGUGGAGCCAGGAGUUGGGGUGGGAACUGGGCUCUGUGGCUCCUUCAGGCUGCUGAGGAAGAUAGGUGCUGGUUGAGCAAGUCUGGGAGUAGAUCACAGUUCAGUUCUGGCAGGUCCUGCCCUCCCAGGACAGCGGGUGUCCCUCAGAACCUUGAGGACCUCAGGGAGAAGACUGACCAGGAGGGGGCCUCCACAUCUCAGUGCCCAGCCCCCUGCCUCUCCACCCUCCUUGUGUAGAAACUUGGCUCAGCACAUUCCAGCUCUGUGCAGAGCCUAGGAAAGUAGGGAAGACAGGGCCCCUGCCCACGUGGGAGGACUGCCGUGUAAAUAAAUAACUACGCUUCAUUGUGACUGGUGCCCUGGAAGAAGCAGUACACUGCUCUGUCAGGACCUGGGAGGAGCGGAUGAUGCUCAUGGGAGCUUGGCGAUCUGAGAAACUGGCAGGGGGAGGCAAUGUUUAAACUAAGUCUUGUACCACAUUAGCUUGCCAGGUCGGGGGAGGUGGAGAGGGAUCCAGGCAGAAAGAGCAGCACCAGGAAGUCUCUGAGGCAUGAAAACAUUGCUAGAUCCAUAGCUUAAAGGGAAGUGAUUGGGUUCAAGUGACCUCGGUCUUCUUUGUAUCUCCCUGGGGUUGGCAGAGGCGGACAGAACUUAGAGAAUUGGAAAGAGAAGGACCUAGAUUUGAAUUCCAGCCCACCACUCACCAGCUGUGUUGACAGGCAAGUAAGUUAACAUCGCGAAGUCCUUCUGUUGCCCUGUUAGAGAUGAGGUUGUAUGUGGAGUAAGUCAAAUGAGGAUGAUCCUACAACAUGCUUGGCACAGGGCCUGGCAUGUAGCAGGGGCUUGAUACACUGUGGCAGCCGCUGCAGCAAUCCUACUAGUUGUUACUGUCCAAGCAGUGUUUGUCUCUCCUAUCCAGCAGCAGACUGUAUGGGGGGUAGGUGUGAGGGCAGGAGUUUUGGGGACCAGGAUAAAGGAGGGACUCCACUUGGCCUGGUCAUUGUCAAAGUUGAGGGGCACAGAAACCCAUUGUUCCACCUGACCCAUGCUCAGGACACUGUUCCUUGCCAUGCUUUGCCACCUGCCUCCCUCCCUGCCCUGGGAGGAGCCCAGGAGGGCUACCCUUUGUUCAUAGGGGGAGGCAGAUGUGGGCCCUGAUGCCUCCUGGAGUCUCCUCACUGGAGGCCAGCUUUCUUGUCUCUCCAAAGGCAGCUCAUCCUGUUCUGAGUACCCGCUUUGGGCCCCUGGGGAGGGGACAGCAAUUAGGCAUCUGUGGUGUAGUGGGCAGGAGAGCGAAUCACUGGGUCAGGGGAUCUCAAACAUCCUAACUCAUCCUGUGAGUCACUUCUCCCUGGCCUCAGCUUAUUCAUCUGUGAGAAUGAGAAGGAGCACCCAGUGAGCUCUUCCAGAAAUUGAUUCACCUGCAGUGAAUCCUCACAACUGGAUGAGGUAGCUGCUAUUUCUAGUUUGGUUUUAUAAGAUGAGCAAAGAGAGUCUAUGAGAGGUAAGUUACAACUAACUAGUGAUGGAGCCUGGAGUUUGUGGGUACCGAAGUGUGUGGAAGUCACUUCCUGGGAGGUAGAAGCUCUGGGGUGUUCAGCUACAGGGAGGGACUGGGGUAGGGAAUGAUGUGCCCCGGGUGGCCCAGGAAGUAAAUCCAGGAGCGGAUUGCAGGGCCCAAUUCUCCCUUCUCUGUUGUUUCUCAUCCUGCCCUCCUUUCAGUCUCCUGAUGCAGCUUUCAAAGGCUGAGUCUGGAAACUGGAAGGCCAGAGCUCUUGGGGUCUCGGCUACCUCCCCUCCUCUGCCUUUCCCAGAGAUGGGAAGCCCUGAGGUCUGGGGACCCUUGGGAUCUUGGGGGUUACCUCCUGUAGCCUCUCCAAGAGUGGAGAACCCAUUGUGGGUUGUUGGUGGGGAGGCUGUCUUGGAUGGGUAUGUUCUGGCGGGGCUGGGGGGUGAUCCUAGAGUGAGGUGUGGGUGUUUGUGUGUGUGGAGGAGGGCAGGGUUGACACAGGAGGUGUGGGCUCCGAGGAGCCUGUUUUCUGAGGUGGGCGCUGGAGCAGGGAGGAGCAGAGAGCUGCAUAGCUGUUAAGAGUAUGGUCUUCACAGCUGACAGACCUGGCUCAGAGUCCCGGCUCUACUGUUUCCUGGCUGCGUCACCUUGGGUGGAAAUAAAGGCUGGUGAAGGAGCCGGGCCGUGGGGACAAGGAGCGGCUGUCAAGACAGGCUCAGAGCUCAGCCCAGUUGAUGGACCUGUUCCAGGUCAGAUGGACUCAGGGCCAGUGUACCAUGGGGACUCACGGCAGCUAAGCGCCUCAGGGGUGCCGGUCAAUGGUGCUAGAGAGCCCGCUGGACCCAGUCUGCUGGGGACUGGGGGUCCUUGGCGGGUAGACCAAAAGCCCGACUGGGAGGCUGCCCCAGGCCCAGCUCAUACUGCUCGCCUGGAAGAUGCCCACGAUCUGGUGGCCUUUUCGGCUGUGGCCGAAGCUGUGUCCUCUUAUGGGGCCCUUAGCACCCGGCUCUAUGAAACCUUCAACCGUGAGAUGAGUCGUGAGGCUGGGAACAACAGCAGGGGAUCCCGGCCAGGGCCCGAGGGCUGCUCUGCUGGCAGCGAAGACCUUGACACACUGCAGACGGCCCUGGCCCUCGCGCGGCAUGGUAUGAAACCACCCAACUGCAACUGCGAUGGCCCAGAAUGCCCUGACUACCUCGAGUGGCUGGAGGGGAAGAUCAAGUCUGUGGUCAUGGAAGGAGGGGAGGAGCGGCCCAGGCUCCCAGGGCCUCUGCCUCCUGGUGAGGCCGGUCUCCCAGCACCAAGCACCAGGCCACUCCUCAGCUCAGAGGUGCCCCAGAUCUCUCCCCAAGAGGGCCUGCCCCUGUCCCAGAGUGCCCUGAGCAUCGCCAAGGAAAAAAACAUCAGCUUGCAGACCGCCAUUGCCAUCGAGGCCCUCACACAGCUCUCCUCCGCCCUCCCGCAGCCUUCUCAUUCCACCCCCCAGGCUUCUUGCCCCCUUCCUGAGGCCUUGUCACCUCCUGCCCCUUUCAGAUCUCCCCAGUCUUACCUCCGGGCUCCCUCAUGGCCUGUGGUUCCUCCUGAAGAGCACUCAUCUUUUGCUCCUGAUAGCUCUGCCUUCCCUCCAGCAACUCCUCGAACUGAGUUCCCUGAAGUCUGGGGCACCGACACCCCUCCAGCAACGCCCCGGAGCUCCUGGCCCAUGCCUCGCCCAAGCCACGACCCCAUGGCUGAACUGGAGCAGUUGUUGGGCAGCGCCAGUGAUUACAUCCAGUCAGUAUUCAAGCGGCCUGAGGCCCUGCCUACCAAGCCCAAGGUCAAGGUAGAGGCACCCUCUUCCUCCCCAGCCCUGGCCCCAUCCCCUGUGCUUCAGAGGGAGGCUCCCACGCCAUCCUCGGAGCCCGACACCCACCAGAAGGCCCAGACCGCCCUGCAGCAGCACCUCCAUCACAAGCGCAGCCUCUUCCUAGAACAGGCUCACGACACCUCCUUCCCUGCUCUUUCGGAGCCUUCUGCUCCUGGCUGGUGGCCCCCACCAAGCUCACCUGCCCCACGGCUUCCAGACAGACCACCCAAGGAGAAGAAGAAGAAGCUCCCAACACCAGCUGGAGGUCCCGUGGGAACAGAGAAAGCUGCCCCUGGGAUCAAGCCCAGUGUCCGAAAGCCCAUUCAGAUCAAGAAGUCCAGGCCCCGGGAAGCACAGCCACUCUUCCCGCCUGUCCGGCAGAUUGUCCUGGAAGGGCUCAGGUCCCCGGCCUCCCAGGAAGUACAGGCUCAUCCACCGGCCCCUCUACCUGCCUCACAGGGCUCUGCUGUGUCCCUGCCCCCAGAACCUUCUCUUGCGCUAUUUGCACCUAGUCCCUCCAGGGACAGCCUGCUGCCCCCUACUCAGGAAAUGAGGUCCCCCAGCCCCAUGACAACCUUGCAGCCAGGCUCCACCGGCCCUCUUCCCCCUGCCGAUGACAAGCUGGAAGAGCUCAUCCGGCAGUUUGAGGCUGAAUUUGGAGAUAGCUUUGGGCUUCCCGGCCCCCCUUCUGUGCCCAUUCAGGACCCCGAGAACCAGCAAACAUGUCUCCCAGCCCCUGAGAGCCCCUUUGCUACCCGUUCCCCCAAGCAAAUCAAGAUUGAGUCUUCAGGGGCUGUGACUGUGCUCUCAACAACCUGCUUCCAUUCAGAGGAGGGAGGCCAGGAGGCCACACCCACCAAGGCAGAGAACCCACUCACACCCACCCUCAGUGGCUUCUUGGAGUCACCUCUUAAGUACCUGGACACACCCACCAAGAGUCUGCUGGACACACCUGCCAAGAGAGCCCAGGCCGAGUUCCCCACCUGCGAUUGCGUCGAACAAAUAGUGGAGAAAGAUGAAGGUCCAUAUUAUACUCACCUGGGAUCUGGCCCCACAGUCGCCUCUAUCCGGGAACUCAUGGAGGAGCGGUAUGGAGAGAAGGGGAAAGCCAUCCGGAUCGAGAAGGUCAUCUACACGGGGAAGGAGGGAAAGAGCUCCCGCGGCUGCCCCAUUGCAAAGUGGGUGAUCCGCAGGCACACGCUGGAGGAGAAGCUGCUCUGCCUGGUGCGGCACCGGGCAGGCCACCACUGCCAGAACGCUGUGAUCGUCAUCCUCAUCCUGGCCUGGGAGGGCAUUCCCCGUAGCCUCGGAGACACCCUCUACCAGGAACUCACUGACACCCUCCGGAAGUAUGGGAACCCCACCAGCCGGAGAUGCGGCCUCAACGAUGACCGGACCUGCGCUUGCCAAGGCAAAGACCCCAACACCUGCGGUGCCUCCUUCUCCUUUGGUUGUUCCUGGAGCAUGUACUUCAACGGCUGCAAAUAUGCUCGGAGCAAGACACCUCGCAAGUUCCGCCUCGCAGGGGACAAUCCCAAAGAGGAAGAAGUGCUCCGGAAGAGUUUCCAGGACCUGGCCACCGAAGUCGCUCCCCUGUACAAGCGACUGGCCCCUCAGGCCUAUCAGAACCAGGUGACCAACGAGGAAAUAGCGAUUGACUGCCGUCUGGGGCUGAAGGAAGGACGGCCCUUCGCAGGAGUCACGGCCUGCAUGGACUUCUGUGCCCACGCCCACAAGGACCAGCAUAACCUCUACAAUGGGUGCACCGUGGUCUGCACCCUGACCAAGGAAGACAAUCGCUGCGUGGGCAAGAUUCCCGAGGAUGAGCAGUUGCACGUUCUCCCCCUGUACAAGAUGGCCAGCACGGAUGAGUUUGGGAGCGAGGAGAACCAGAAUGCAAAGGUUGGCAGCGGAGCCAUCCAGGUGCUCACCGCCUUCCCCCGCGAGGUCCGACGCCUGCCCGAGCCUGCCAAGUCCUGCCGCCAGCGGCAGCUGGAAGCCAGAAAGGCAGCGGCCGAGAAGAAGAAGAUUCAGAAGGAGAAGCUGAGCACUCCGGAGAAGAUCAAGCAGGAGGCCCUGGAGCUGGCGGGCGUUACGUCGGACCCAGGCCUGUCUCUGAAGGGUGGAUUGUCCCAGCAAGGCCUGAAGCCCUCCCUCAAGGUGGAGCCGCAGAACCACUUCAGCUCCUUCAAGUACAGCAGCAACGCAGUGGUGGAGAGCUACUCGGUGCUGGGCAACUGCCGGCCCUCUGACCCUUACAGCAUGAACAGCGUGUACUCCUACCACUCCUACUAUGCACAGCCCAGCCUGACCUCCGUCAAUGGCUUCCACUCCAAGUACGCUCUCCCGUCUUUUGGCUACUAUGGCUUUCCAUCCAGCAACCCUGUCUUCCCCUCUCAGUUCCUGGGUCCUGGUGCCUGGGGGCACAGUGGCAGCAGUGGCAGUUUUGAGAAGAAGCCAGACCUCCAUGCUCUGCACAACAGCCUGAGCCCGGCCUACGGUGGUGCUGAGUUUGCCGAGCUGCCCAGCCAGGCUGUUCCCACAGACGCCCACCACCCCACUCCUCACCACCAGCAGCCUGCGUACCCAGGCCCCAAGGAGUAUCUACUUCCCAAGGCCCCCCCAAUCCACUCAGUGUCCAGGGACCCCUCCCCCUUUGCCCAGAGCUCCAACUGCUACAACAGAUCCAUCAAGCAAGAGCCAGUAGACCCGCUGACCCAGGCCGAGCCUGUGCCCAGAGACGCUGGCAAGAUGGGCAAGACACCUCUGCCUGAGGUGUCUCAGAAUGGAGGACCCAGUCACCUUUGGGGACAGUACUCAGGAGGCCCAAGCAUGUCCCCCAAGAGGACUAACAGUGUGGGUGGAAGCUGGGGUGUGUUCUCGUCUGGGGAGAGUCCUGCCAUCAUCCCCGACAAGCUCAGUUCCUUUGGGGCCAGCUGCCUGGCCCCUUCCCACUUCACAGAUGGGCAGUGGGGGCUGUUCCCCGGCGAGGGGCAGCAGGCGGCUUCCCACUCUGGAGGACGGCUGCGAGGCAAACCGUGGAGCCCCUGCAAGUUUGGGAACAGCACCUCCACCUUGACUGGGCCCGGCCUGACUGAGAAGCCGUGGGGGCUGGGGGCAGGGGAUUUCAACUCGGCCCUGAAAGGUGGUCCUGGGUUCCAAGACAAGCUGUGGAACCCCAUGAAAGGAGAGGAGGGCAGGAUUCCAGCCGCAGGGGCCAGCCAGCUGGACAAGGCCUGGCAGUCCUUUGGUCUGCCCCUGGGAUCCAGCGAGAAGCUGUUUGGGGCCCUGAAGUCGGAGGAGAAGCUGUGGGACCCUUUCAGCCUGGAGGAGGGGCCGGCCGAGGAGCCCCCCAGCAAGGGAGCAGUGAAGGAGGAGAAGGGUGGUGGUGGUGCGGAGGAAGAAGAGGAGGAGCUGUGGUCGGACAGUGAACACAACUUCCUGGACGAGAACAUCGGCGGUGUGGCCGUGGCCCCAGCCCAUGGCUCCAUCCUCAUCGAGUGUGCCCGGCGGGAGCUGCAUGCCACUACACCGCUUAAGAAGCCCAACCGCUGCCACCCCACCCGCAUCUCGCUGGUCUUCUACCAGCACAAGAACCUCAACCAGCCCAACCACGGGCUGGCCCUCUGGGAAGCCAAGAUGAAGCAGCUGGCGGAGAGGGCACGGGCACGGCAGGAGGAGGCCGCCCGGCUGGGCCUGGGCCAGCAGGAGGCCAAGCUCUACGGGAAGAAGCGCAAGUGGGGGGGCGCCAUGGUUGCUGAGCCCCAGCAGAAGGAGAAGAAGGGGGUUGUCCCCACCCGGCAGGCACUGGCUGUGCCCACAGACUCGGCGGUCACCGUGUCCUCCUAUGCCUACACGAAGGUCACUGGCCCCUACAGCCGCUGGAUCUAGGUGCCAGGGAGCCAGCGUACCUCAGCGUCGGGCCCGGCCCGAGCUGUCUCUGUGGUGCUUUUGCCCUCAUACCUGGGGGCGGGUUGGGGGUGCAGAAGUCUUUUUAUCUCUAUAUACAUAUAUAGAUGCGCAUAUCAUAUAUAUGUAUUUAUGGUCCAAACCUCAGAACUGACCCGCCCCUCCCUUACCCCCACUUCCCCAGCACUUUGAAGAAGAAACUACGGCUGUCGGGUGAUUUUUCCGUGAUCUUAAUAUUUAUAUCUCCAAGUUGUUCCCCCCCCCUUGUUUGGGGGGCUUUUAUUUUCUCUUUGUUUUUAAAACUCUAUCCUUGUAUAUCACAAUAAUGGAAAGAAAGUUUAUAGUGUCCUUUCACAAAGGAGUAGUUUUAAAUUCCAUUUAAAAUGUGUAUUUAUUGGAUUUUUUAAAAGCGACAAUAGUAAUGGUAAAGGAUGGGCAGGAAAGGCCAGUAGUGCUCCCCCACCCAGUCUCGCUGGGUCCGGCGAGCCAAGCCCCUCGGGCACUGGCAAGGUCCUCACCAUCUGCCCCUCGAGAGCCAAUCGAGGACGGUAGCCACCCAGUUCAUCCCUCCCGACACACACCCUUUCCCUUUGGGGAAGGGAGCCUCAGGACAGCCUCUGUCCUCUCUGAUAGGAUGGGAGAGUCUGCAGAAAACCAUCUGGGGUCCCUUUUCCAGUCCCCAGCUUGGAGUCGAGGGGCAGAUGCACCCCAGGCCAGCCCUGCGAGAUGCUGGCAUAGCUUUCCCCAGAAACCAGGUUGGAAGUAGAUGGCUUCAAGCUUGCUAGUCUCCACACUGAAUCCUCUGUCCGUUAUUUAUGGAGUCACACGAUGUUAUGGUUCACUAGGCAGCACCUCACGCUGGAGCUGGAGUGCGAGGUUCUUAGGGGCUGCGCCCACCACGUUGCCAAGCCAAUGCAUGCUGAGCUGAAGGAAUUUGUCUUAGUGGCAGGUUUUUUUUAAAAAAUGCCCCCAAAGUCUAUGCUGAUAUCAAAAAAGGGCUACUGUAUCUUUAAAAACAGGAAGUUGAACCCAAGCUGUGAAAAGCCAGUGGUGCUCUGUGCAUGGUGCUGUGCGGAGCCUGGUGCUGUAGUGUUGUGCUGGGACUUUCUUGACUCUUGGGCAGGUCACAUCCUACAGGAGCUCAGCAGACCAGUGUAACAACAGUUAAUGCAUCUAUCCUGAUCCCUGAAUUUCCACAUUGGACAAUGGUGCAUGCCUCACACCUGAGCCUGCUUCUUCCAUGCUAUCAUCGGGUUCGGGGGCCUACACUUAACAAUUUUAAAGUGCAAGAGUCAAACAUUUUCAACAGGUUGCUAUGAUUUUCCUCCCUAAUUGGUGCCAUUUCUCCAUUUGAUCAUUUUCUUUUUUCCUUUCUUCCCCUCUUCAUCCACCUUAACAGACCUGUUCUGAAAUUCUGGUGCAUUCAUUCGGUUCUUUGAAAUGAGAAUGUGGUGCUUAAUUUUUGUGACGUUGUUGAGAGAGGUUGGGCCUGAUGGGAGCAACACUCACGGUCACCACGUCAAACUUUGUUGGAGUGUUGGUUUUUCUUGUGAUGUUAGCAGAAAUGAUCUCAUGCUACCCGUGUGGAUGUGUGUGUGGUGAAUGGGGGGCUUCAUCAGGACACACAGAGGGGAAUGUGGCCACACGGUGGAUGACCACCAAGCCCUGAGAUGAACAGGUGUUUACUGAGCAGUUGUAUUCAGAUAUGGGUCUUCAUGAAUCAUGUUUAACAAUCAGAUGACCGCUAUAGGCAAGUUCCUGAGCUUCCGGGUGCCUUGAGUAAGAGCUGAGAACCGGCCUGCUGGGUGUUUACUGUAUCUGUUUGGAGGCACUGGCGGAGGGUCGUUGUAAGAUGUCCUGAGCAUUUAUGUGGUCUGGUUUUAACUGUAAAUAGUGAAAGAUUUUUUAAGCACUUUUGCCUAGAUUUAAACAGCAACUUGAAAAAAAAAGUAUGUUUUAACAUGUAAUUGUGGGAGAAAUUGUAAAUAGUAGCUGAAUAUUUAACGUGCUUUGUCUAUCCUCCACUUUUACCAUAUUCUGUAAAGUUGCAUUUAUUUUACAGGACAAAAAAUGAAAUAUUAUUGCUUUUGAAAUAAAUACCCAAGAGCUUAUCAGGACUUAGAAUUAUUCAGAACUCAGAUUUAUAGGAAAACCUCUGACCUUCAGUUUGACAAGCUAAAGGAAGCAGAGUCUUUAAUGAGCAUGCUAAUUUUCUAGUUUUGAGGAAAAAUUGGGUCCUUUAAAUGCUAUUUUGCUUAUCGCAUCAGUACUUUUAUGCAGGUCUCAUUUGACUCCGUGCUUAGGUAGAUGCGGGGGUGCCUUGAAAACUUCAUUUUAAAUGAUCUUAAGCAAGAAAUACAAUAUUUUACGAAACAUUUGGAGAAUGUGACCGUCUGUAUGACCCGUGGAAGCCCCAGGUUGGCUGUUGGUUUGGAAGGUCCCGAGUGUAACCCAGGUGAUUCUGAUACUUGGCAUGUGUGAAUCUUCCUGAUGUAUGUUAAAUAAACUCUUCCCCUCAUCACCCUUUGGUAGGAAAGCCAUUAGAUGAAAGGAGAAACCAAUACAAGCUAAAAGCAUGCGACGUCUGUCCCCCAGCCCAAACAGCCUUGGUUCAUCAGUUUCUACAGUAGGAAAUAGGCUGCUGAGAGGUGAGUCAAGAGGCAGUCUCCAUUGGAUGUCCCCACUCCCCUCAGAAUGGCGUUUCCAGAGUUAGGCGGUGCAGUUGCCGUGCUCAAGCCCAUGCUGAUUUGUACACUACAUGUCUAACCUACCUCAAAUCUCAGUCAUUAAAAUUAGCAUGCUUUAGACAUAUAUUUAAAAAGUAACUAUGCACAGCUCUUUAUCCCCCCCUUGCUGCUGAAGGUUUCUUAAAGAGAAAAAUCAAAUUUUUAUUUUUUACUGGCACUAUCAUUUUUUAAGUCCUAAAGAUGAUUAACAGACAUUUUUAUCAUGAGAAGAAAAAUAAAGCCAUUGCAACUAAAGAACCUAACAGCAUGACCAAGUUCGAAGAGUCAUAUUAUAGCAACGGAAACCGAUGGCGUCUUAGUCAUCUCCCCAGUGUGCCCUGUCCACGGACACCAUCCAUGUGCAGUGCAAACAUUUGGUUCCUUUUUCUGCUCUGUUUUGUUUUCCCUGCCUGUUGCGUGCAAGGGAAGUGCUUGUAAAGUUCUGUGCUACGAGAUUUUUAAAAUAAAAAUCGCUUCGCAGCAGGUUCUCACAAAAUAACUGGUGCUAGCUCAAGAAAUCUCAUCAUCUGACCAUCAGAAAUCUUGACUAAAGGCGUUGCAUGGAUUUGGGGGUUUUUUGGUUUUUGGUUUUGGGUCUGGUUUUUAGCAGGGCCAAUGUUUCCCACGCCCCGGCUUCAUGGGUACUGCUUUGCCUUCUCACCCAGGUGACGAUGGUGUGCGUGGAAAGAGAUGAUACCCCACCACCCCCUCUUGGUCCUUCCACCAGCCUCUUUUGGAAACAGUAGUUUGGAGAGCAAGGGAUUUUUAAAGCGCUAAAGGAAAGAAGUAGCAGAGCUUAACUGCUUUGUACCACACAGCAGUAGAUGUGCAAGGAUGGUUGACAAUGAGUCGAUGAUAGCCUAAUUUCAUUGAGAGAAACCCAGCCAGACUUGCUUCUAGAGGUUUAAUCACCAUGAGAUCUCAAACCAAGGCAAAGCUGGUGGAAAACUAUGAUAUCCCUGACGUGCCUCAACCAGUAUCUCUUUCCUUUUGUUACUGAAGUGUGUUUUGUGGACUAGGAAGCAUUUUUAUGAAUUGAAAUAGUCUAAAUAAAAUGGUGCUAUGGUGUUUUAAUGUGACUGUCCCUGAUCCUGUCUUGCUGAGGUGCUAUCAACGUUCUGAAACCACAACCAACCAAAAACAAGGUGGGCUCCAGUCUCUUGGCUUUUUUUUCCCCUCCCCUCUUUUGGUGCUGUCUUAGACCCGUUUACCGUGCUAUAAUCUGCUCUGAGCAGUGUUGUGUUGUGUUGUAUUAUUCUUCCCUUGGUGGCCAAACAAAGCAAGUCGAGAAGGCAGCUCUCUCCCUUUCUGUGAUCGGGAGUAGGCCUGCCUGGCUUGGCAGGUGCUUUGGUUCCACACCUGUCUUCUCAGGCUUGAUGUGAAAGAAAGGGCAAAGGGUUUUUUUAGUUUGUUUUUGUUUUUGAGGAAGGGGAGUUGGGUACUCCUGCCUCUCCUAGCAUGAUAGGCAUUCUCAUAGCCAGGGACACAGAUUUUCUCCUGCAGCCCAGGGUGCUAAGCAGACAUCUCUGGGAGUCCCAAGGGCACACCAAGAGAGACCAGAUGGAUCUCCUUCCUCCCCUGGCACUGGCCAGGACCAUGGUGGGCAGGGGCUUCAUUCUCUGACCCAGCGUUGCUUCUGCCUCUCAUUGGUAACUCCUUAUGUUCAGACUAAAGGAAGGAGCUUUCUUUGCUCACUCGAUGCCACUGAGGCUGCUUUUUAGUUGGUGCUAACCUAAAUUUCUUCUUGGGUCCACAGAAGUUGAUGUUUUAAAAACUCAACAGGAAGCUCCAUUUUGUGUCAUCCACUGUCAAAAUAAUUUUUUUAAAUACCUCAAAAACAGGACAUCAUGACAACUUCAGUAAAGUAGAUUCCAUGAGGGUCUGAUACCUGCAGGUUGUCCGUCUGAUGACGUACUUGACCUUGAAAAAUCUGGGGUCAUUUUUUUUUCAUUCUUCGGCAGUUAAGAUAGCGGAACGCCGAAAGGAAGGAGCGUAGUUGGCUGUAUUUCAUGUUUAAGUUUUGCUUUUGAAUAAAAUGUGAAUUUCCUAUGCCCAUCUCAUUGAGCUUUCUCAGUCAUUGUUGCUGUCAUUUGAAAUGACUCCCUCAAAACCUAGUUUUAUUAGCCAGCUGCCUCUGCUGUAGUAUAUGGUCAACUUCAACAUACCCUGGACCAAAACUUUUGAGGUGCAUACCCCCAGCAUGAGUUAUACAGUCCCACAUCCAGGUGCACGGAGUGCAAGUGCACUCCGCGAGUGCGGGGGGAGGGGCGGCCCCCUCUGGUGCUCCCAGCCCUUCCUCCUGCAGAGCUGCGGGCAAGAGCAGAGCAAUAGGAUUCUCCCCUGAGCAGAGACCGCAGCACAGAAAUGCAAGGUCUAAAGUUGCUUUUUGCCUAAGAAUCAGCGAGUGAUUUGGCCUACUUCCUCAUUGGCUUCUAUUCUGAUAUCAGGGAUGCUUUUUGUAGUGGUAUUGUUUGCUCCCUCUUCGCGUUUUGACUACCCGUCAUUCAGGGGUAACUCAUCACUCUUCACACGGGGAUUUAAAUUAAGAAACUAAUUGGCUCAUUUGAACAUUCCAAAUUUUCUUGGUUUCAAUACCCUUUUUUUUCUUUUGAGGGGAAAAGAGGGGAGAAAAACAGGAGUGAUGUCAUUUCUUUUUCAUGUAUUCCAAUUAAAGAAACAAGGGCAGGUCGUAUAAUGGCAUAUUAAUACAUUAGACUUAAUCUAGAACCCCUGUAGCUUUUUGAUGUGUUUUAUUUCUUAUCUCUUUGAAUUCCUGUUUGGUUACUUGGCUUCCAAUGGAGGUGAACUUAACAACCAUACUUGAAUAUUCCGUCUUGACUUUGUAAACUGUGGCUACUUGAAAUGAAGUUUAUCUGGGGUUGAUGGAUGAAUGGUAGAUUUUUGCAAUGUCUCAAGGCAAUAGGAUGUGUAUUAAACUGUAGAUAUUCUUAGUACAGUAAAUUUAUGCUGAUAAUUUUAUUUUGUAUAAUUUUUACCUUUUUGUUAAUAUUUUUUCCUUCCACUUUAUUGGUUUGCCUCCUGAGCUACCCCUCCUUUACCCUCCCUUCUCCCUCAGUGUUUCAGUAAAUUUAAUUUAGGGUGCCUAGAAAUUGCAAGUAUGUAUCCUUUUUGAUUUGUAUUUUAUUAUAAUUUACACAAACAGCUGGGUUUGUGAACUGUAUUACUCCUGGUAUCUUUAAAAUAUUGUGGGUGUUUUAAUAAAUUUUAUAUUUAUUUUUUGCACUCAAA